AUGACUUCUGUGGAUGAUGAUAAGCUUGUCGAAAAUUUAAUUGAUUUUUCAGAGAAAUCAGAAGAGAGUGAGAGUAAGGAAGACAUUUAUGAAAAUAUUGAAUUUAGAAAACCUAAAUUGCUUUCUCAAGUGUCUGCUGAAUUAUCACCUGAACAAAGUUCACCUAAGCCGUCUGACAUUGGGACGAGGCAUUAUUCAAGACUAUGUGGAUAUCUAAACAAAUUGGGGAAUAACAAAAUUUUGAAAACCUUUAGAAGGAGAUGGUUUGUUUUCUCCGAAAAUAACUGUAAACUUUAUUAUUAUCGCUCUCCCCAGGAUCAAGAACCGCUGGGUGAAAUAGACAUUUCUCAAGCUACAUUCACUUUUGAUGUCACAAAUAAAGAGAGGACUGGGUCAUUUAAAAUCAGUGUUCCUGGGAGAGAUUAUUUUCUUGAAGCAAACAAUAGACAAACUUGUCUAUUCUGGUUGCAAGAACUUCAGAAACAUCGACGAGCAAACAGCGCUUUUCGAACAAAAAAUAUCACUGAACAGUCGACUUCUGUGAAUAAUUUAGCUGGUAGACCACAGAGUGGUUUGCUUGCUAAGGAGCUACCUGAUUUCAAUACAGAUGAAAAAAUAGUUCCAUUGAUGCUUCCAGUUGAUUGCCCUAAAGAUGAAAUUGGUGAUGACUCAGCUCUCAACCGUCGUAGUUCAUUUUUGAACUCUCAUCAGAAGUUUAAUUUAUUCUAUAACCAAGUUAAAUCAGCCAGUUUUGUGAAAUAUGACAAGUCUCCAUCAGAAUCUAGUCUAAAUAGUCCAAGCACAGAGAACCUCUGUGUAGAAGAAUUUUCAUCCAUCAAAGACAGCGCAUCUCAGAAAUCGAAACCUCCUAGUUUAGCUUCUUUUAAGUCGAAACUCUCCCAUUCAUUCCGUAAAGUACGUUUAAGUGAAGAAGUCAAUAUGGAGAAUACAGAAAAAGAAAGAUGCUCCAAAUGUCCUAAGCUUGAAAAUAAAAUUGAAAAUCUAUCGGAUGAAGUUUCAAACCUUCGAGACGAAGUGGUCACGAGUCGAGAAGUGCUUUCGCUUUUACAAAGACAGUUAGACAUUGCAUCCAAAGAAAAAGAAACCUUGGUGCAGAUCUAUGAACUGAAGGAUUCUGAGAAACUUUUAAAAGUAAUGAGUGAAAAAGAUCAAAAAGUGGUUAAUCUCUCUCAUGAUGUACAAGAGCAAAAGCAAGAAGUUGAAGUCCUUCAACGUACUGUUCAAUCUUUAAAAAAUGAAGUUGCUGAAUUGCGAAAGAAUAAUGAAUUAUUUCAAGAAAUGCUAAUACAGAAAGAUAAAACAAUUAUGGCUCUAACAAAUGAAAUAUUUGAUCUGGAGACAGAAAAGGUAGAUGAGAAGCAAAGGAGAAAAAGUGUGGAGAGUGUGAAGUCUGAAUCUACAAAACCUGUUGUUGAGCCUAAAGAAGCAAUGACUAUUGAUGAUUUGAAAGAUGCUGUUCAAGCUUUUGAAUUACAAAAUAAAUUUCUCAACAAUGAAAUUCUGGAGCUUAAUCAUUUGCGUAGAGAUGCUGAAGAUAGAGUACAACUACUGUCUAUGAAGUGCAGUGAGUGGGAGGCUCGUAGUUACCAAAUACAAAGCAAACUUCUGUUUUUGCUGAAUGAACUGAAAAGAACUGGUGUUAAAGAUUUCAAUUUAGGAAUUGUGGAUCAACUUUUGCAAGAAGCUGCUGUAGAUACUACAACUCAAGCAGAUUUAGUGCCAUCAUGGUCCAGAGAAAAAAUGUAUGAUGAGUUGGGUUUUAAUUGGAGAUGGGGUAAAGAAGAUUUGUUAUCAACUAAGGCUAUAAAUUUGAAACAGAAAUCCGAAGACAUUGCCAACAAGUCAAAUGAUCCAGAGCUUACAAUAUGGAGGUCAAAGUGGGAUAACUUUAUAGUCUCCUUAGGGGCAAAAGAACUGCAACGCUCCCCUGAAUUGAAAAUUCUGGUGCGAAUGGGCAUUCCAUGUGAAUAUAGGGGGAAAAUAUGGAAAGGAUGUACUCUAAUGUGGAUAAAGUGUUAUAAAUCUAUGUUUGGCUCAAAUUACUAUACAAGUCUUCUUACAUCGAAGGAAUAUGUGUCAAGAAUUGAUCCCUCUGUAAAACAAAUUGAACUUGAUUUACUCAGAACUUUACCUAACAAUCGUCACUAUGAAAAUCUGGAUUCAAAUGGCAUCAUCAAGUUGAGGAGAGUGUUGCUCGCAUAUAGUCGACAUGAUCCAGCUGUUGGUUAUUGUCAAGGUUUAAAUAGGCUUGUUGCAAUUGCAUUGCUUUUCAUGGAUGAAGAAGAUGCAUUUUGGUGCUUGAUUGCGAUCACUAAAUACAUUAUGCCUGAAGGUUAUUACACUAGAACUCUGAUUGGAUCUCAAGUAGAUCAGCGAGUUUUGAAAGAUCUAAUGGCUGAUAAAAUUCCAAGACUUCAUGCACAUUUUGAGCAACACAAUGUGGAUUUAUCUCUUUUUACUUUCAACUGGUUCCUCACAAUAUUUGUUGACAACAUUCCUGUUGAAAUAUAUCUUCGCAUAUGGGAUGUCUUUCUCUAUGAAGGCAGCAAAGUUCUGUUUCGCUAUGCGCUGGCAAUAUUCAAGUCAUGUGAAAAUGAAAUUUUGGAAAUGAAAGAUUAUUUGGCUAUUAAUAAGUACCUGAGGAAUAUUUCAGAACAAAUUAUUGAUGCCAAGAAGCUGACAUCCAUUGCCUUUGGUGAGCUGAACCCCUUUCCUCAACGAACUAUUACGUCCAAAAGGGCUCAUCACUACCAAAUUAUCAAAGCUCAACUGGAGGAGUUCGAGUCCAUGCGUAACUCCCUUCCCAGAUCUCAAGAGAAAGUUUCGAAUUCAGAAUAUUUGAGUGAAGACGACUAAAGCUUG